GGCGUAUUUUCUUUUUGUUAUGAAUUCAGAAUUGCAGCCAAAGUCUUAUAAUAUACACAUUUAAGGUGCCAUGAUGAUGAUAAUAUUUUUUUUAAUAGUGUCAGUGCUCCUCAGUUUGAGCUGUUUGAACCAACCGCUCCAUGGGAAAGAAAGUGAAGCCCGAACCCUCUCCGAGGAGGAAGCCCCCGUUUCGCCUGUGGCACCGGUAGGAACUGGUUCCAUCCAGACCCCAGUAGGAACUGGUUCCAUACAAACCCCGGUAGGAACUGGUUCCAUCCUGACCCCGGUAGGAGCUGGUUCAGUCCAGGCACCAGUGGGAGCUGGUUCGGUCCAGGCACCAGUGACCCCUGGGGCGACUGGGUCCACUGGAGCAGCUGUCACAGGCUCUGGUGCAGUGGUGGCCAGUGCAGACCCUCAUGUGUUGGCCUUCUUCAUGCACGAUAUACUUGGGGGCUCGAACCCCUCUGCACAGGCAGUCACAGGCAUUGUGACCAAUCCCGCUCUCAGUGCGCAGGUCCCCUUUGCCAAGCCCAAUGGGGCAAACCUCCCAAUCAAUAAUGGGGUGCCACAGACCAGCGGCAAUAAUGGACUCAUCAACAACAACAAUGUGCCUUUCCUCAGUGGGCUGGGCGGAACCACGGGAAACCUUAUCCAGAAUGGGAACAACAACAACAUUAUUGGUGGUUCGGCUGGGUUCCCACUCCUAAAUGGAGGUAUGCUUCCUGCGGGAAUGACCCUUCAGAAGCUGAUGUUCGGGACUCUGACAGUCUUUGAUGACGAGUUGACCGAAGGGCAUGAGCUUGGUUCGGGCCUUGUUGGAAAGGCCCAGGGCUUCUAUGUUGCAAGUUCCGAGGAUGGGAAUAGUCAGACCAUUGCUGUGACAGCAAUGUUCGAGAGUGGCGGGUACCUUGAUAGUAUCAGCUUAUUUGGGGUCCACCGCACGGUUGUUUCCGAGUCACAGCUGGCAAUCAUGGGCGGCACUGGGAAGUAUGUGAAUGCUAGGGGAUAUGCCACAAUCAAGACAUUCACAGGCGCAAACCAGCAGAACACCGAUGGAGUGGAAACUGUGGUUCAGUUUACUGUGUAUCUUGCUUGAGGCACCUAACCAUGUUGCUGGCAUUUGUGUUUUUUUUUAUUGAAACAUAUCGGUGUACCUUGAGACCUCGUGCUUGUAUGACUUUAAAUGCAAAAGGUUAUUGGAUGCAGUGUAUUAUCUUGAA